AUGUCGCCGAGGAUUGUUCGUGUCUUUUUCAUGGUUGUGUCUGGUCUGCUCGGGUUCGCGACACUAUUGCAACUUCCAAAGCCCUCGACUCCUCACGGCAGCCCUCCGCAGCAUGUCGACUGGUCGCGAUUUGCAUACACUCAAUAUGCCACCGACCGGUCUUAUCUGUGUAACUCGGUGAUGAUGUUCGAGGCCCUCCAUCGUCUCGGAAGCAAAGCCGAUCGCGUGUUGGUGUACCCAUCCCGAUUUCUCAUGUCGGAGAGCGACCGUUCCCCGGAAGCGCGUUUGCUGCGCUACGCAAGGGACCAGUAUGCCGUCAAGCUCAAGCCCAUCGAAGUCAUCCUGAAGGGUGGGGGAGGUGCCCCAUGGUCCAAGAGCUACACAAAGCUCCUCGCAUUCAACCACACCGAAUAUGACCGCGUUCUGAAUCUAGACUCGGAUGCAACCCUGCUGCAGACAAUGGACGAGCUCUUUCUGCUCCCACCUGCCCCAGUCGCCAUGCCAAUGGCCUACUGGUUUGAUCCAAAAGAUCGAGUAUUCACCUCGGGGCUUAUGCUCAUUCAACCAUCUACGGCAGAGUUUAACCGCGUCAUGGACGAGAUCAACGAGACUCCCUCAGACACCUACGACAUGGAGAUCAUGAACAAGUUCUAUGGAGACAGUGCGCUCGUGGUACCGCACCGUCCUUAUCUCCUUCUGACGGGGGAGUUUCGUUCACAGAACCACGAAGCCUAUCUCGGCGACACGGGUGAAUCGUGGGAUGCGGACAACAUCCUGGAAACGACGAAAUAUUUGCACUUUUCUGACUGGCCGCUUCCGAAGCCGUGGGUUGCAGCGACUCAACACGUCAUCGAACAGACACAGCCUGCAUGUGAAUUCGAUCCUACGACGGGUCAGCAUGACUGCCAUGUCCGGGAACUUUGGUUGGGGAUAUAUAAGGACUUUAUGGUUAGACGACAGGGCAUAUGUGGCACUGCUUUACAAAAAGAGGACGGAUCAUGA